UCUAUCAAGUUGACUCAACAUUGAUUCUAUUCUUCUUCCUCCAAGCCUGCAAAUCAAACCAUUUUUUCCUUCAAAGUCCUCAUAGCUUAACCUCAACAUCCGCCACAACAAUGGCUCAGAAACCAAAACUCACCUUGUUCGUGGACAUAGUCAGUCCAUUCGGUUACUAUGCUUUCCACACCCUACAGAAAUCCCCAAUCUUCAACCAAGUAGAAAUAACCUACAUACCAAUCUUCCUCGGCGGAGUAAUGAAAGCAUGCGACAACCGCCCUCCCAUCAAUAUAAAAAAUAAAUCAACCUACAUCGAAACCUCACGCAAGCGCUGGGCGAAACGCUACUCUAUCCCACUUUCCCCCACCAUGCCUAAGAAUUUCCCGCCUUUCACUUUGCAUGUGAUGAGGGCAUUGGCUGUCGUUGAAGACAAACAUGCGUCUAUGCUGGAGAACUCUAUAGCGGCGUUGUACAAGGGAAUGUGGGUGGAUAACAAAUCCAUCCAUGAACCCGCCGUCUUCGGCGCCAUCUUAUCUGAGGUACUGGGAGAAGAAAAGGCGAGGAGAGUUGUUGAGGAUAGCACGAAACCAGAAGCGAAAGCAAAACUGCAAAAAAACACAGAUAUGGCAUUUGAAGAAGGCGCAUUUGGAUUACCUUGGUUCGUUGCUACCAAUGCGCAGGGAGAGGUGGAUAGGUUUUGGGGCUUCGAUCACAUGGGGUUGAUGGUGGAGCAUUUGGGGUUGGACGGGGGUGAGUUGAAGGAAUUGAGAGCGAUGUUGUAAAGGGUCAGAUACUAGGAGACGAUUGCGCGUUUUGUGUUGGACUGGUUGCCCUUUCAUCAAUGUUGUUCUUGUGUUCAUCGCUUGUAUACGUACUGAAGGUGAAGAACGCUG